GUUAUCUAGUCUCCGAUGGGAAAUGCCUUCCAUGCCCAAGGAUGUCAGGAAGAACUUGUUUUCCAUCAUAUUUUUCUUACGGAGAUCCCAUACUCUAUCGAGGCACUAAUGUCGUACUGAAGACGCUCCCUUGUUUAUGGUUCAGAGAAGGGUGUUCUUUGUCUAUAAUGCUAAUUCUAAUAACCAAAGGAGGACCCAGAUUUUUCAAGACGACAGAAAGGGGUCUUCCAGGGGCAAGAUCAAGCAAUUCCAAGAUCAAGAAAACUCUGAGAACAUUGAAGAAGCAAAUCCUUUCGUCUUGAAAAUGGGCCACUGCUUUUCUCUAGCCAGCAAUCCCAGGUAUCAGGCACUGCCACUCCAGGGACGAAGGGAGAAGGAGAUUGUUGAGCUGUUCAGAAAAGUCCAGAUCCAACUACGAAGCGGACAGCUAUCAAGAGAGAAGAAGAUUGAAGCUGCACAACAAGGGCAGGCAGAGAGGGGAACUGUCGAUUCCCUUCUAAAGUUAUUAAGGAAGCAUUCAGUUGACCAGAAGAAGAAGAAGAAUCGUAAAGAAGAAGAUUUUAAUCUUGAGCAGCCAGAGAGAAGCAAUCCGUUGGGAUGAGCAAAAUUCAAAUUUUUUUGGCCCGUAAUAGGUAUCACUUCUGAGGAUGUUCAUGAGCACCCAGUUCCUUUCACUAGGCCGGCAUCAAAUUUCAAACGCAAAUCUCCUGUCCCUAGAGUAAAGUUCCAGUCUGUGUUUUCAGCUGAGGAGGAUGUCAGCUUCACUUCGUCCGUGAAAUCCCAAGAGAAAGAGAAGAAGACAGGAAACAAUGAGCCACAGCCGACUCCUGAUCUGGAGUCCAUAGCAUUGGAUGGACCCGAUGAAGUAUAUUUAGGUGAUCAAUCUGACACUUCUGAUACUGAUGGAAAACGUCCGAAGAGACUAGCAAAUCAUCUGCAAUAGAGGAGAGUCUUGACUUGGGGCUCCUUGAAACUGCCAGAGCUGAGGGGCCUUGCAAAGUCUCGAGGCAUCAAGGGGUAUUCGAAGAUGAAGAAAGGCGAACUCCUGGAACUUUUAAGUAGUUGAUGGUGCUUGAUCAUAUGACAGAAGUAGUAAUAUUAGUCUUAGAUGCAGCUCAUCAUAUGUUUUUGUUUCCGGCAUCUACAUCACUGCCGGUAUCUGGUUUCUCUCCCUUUUUUUUCGGGACUGCCGAACUCAAAUUUGAAAAUCGAUGAGAUGCUUUGUUUUAUGUACUAAUGCGGUAAUUCUGACAUAUUGUUCUUCAUUUUGUUGGGGGAAAUUACUUAUAACCUGUCAUCUGUUUACUGUAAUUAGAAUCCUCGUUUUGUUGCUAUUGA